GUCGCGCCGCCACGCAGCAAGAGCGGGAACACACGCACUCCAUCCACAGCAGUAUAUAUAUAUAGCAGCGCACGAUGGCCACCGCCCCGGUGGAAGCCAUUGCCGACGCCGAGGCCUUCGGCGCCUACCUCGAGAAGUCCGAGACGGUCCUGGUGGUCAUGGACGUGCACCAGAACUGGUGCGGCCCCUGCGACACGAUGAAGCCGACGUACAACUCCAUCUUCAACGAGAUCGACAAUUGCGAGGACAAGGUCGCGUUUACGACGGCCGACAUCAAAACUCUCACGCCGCAGCUCGUGGAGCUCAUGGCCACCAAGCCGUCAGACUUGGACCUGGCGAACCACGGCUGCAUGCCCUUCUUCCUGCUGGUGAAGAACAAGGCCGUCGUGGCCAUCGUCCUCGGCGCGGACGUGCCCACUCUCAGAGAUAACGUCGUCCUCUACGCGCCGGAGGACGAGGCGGCAGAGUAAUCUUUU